UGCGAGCGAAUGUCAGUUCCUAUACUGGAUUCAAAUAGCCUCACUAUGUACCUAUGCGUCAGUGUAUUGUGUAAAAUUGGAAAUGAAGUUGGUUUAGCUAGAAAAAUUGUUCCUGCAAUAUAAAUGUCAGGAAAUUUUCAGAUUUGCGACAGUCUUCAUCGUGAUUUUCUCCUUAGCAACAGGAUACGAACGGAAAAAUGAACACAGUUUUCGCGGCAUUCCUUGUGUUGGGGGCGGCCUUGUGCGUGGACAGCACGGAGUUGAUUCCAGGGAACGCCUACUCGACCCCCAUGUUCCAGUUUUUCGGGGGUCCCGCCUGGGGGCCACUCCACACCUUCUACGCCCUCUCGCCGUCCACGUUCUUCAACAUCGUGCCCAACCGCCACAACUCCUGGACCACCACCCCCAAAAUCCUCACCGUCAGCGAUCUGGACAAGGUUCCCGAGUGGGAGGGCCCUCUUCCCUGGCGAGACACCGUUGACCCACAAACUGCUAUCGCUCUCGCCAAACGCAUGGUCGGCAAGGAGCUCCUGUACCGUCGUCAUCGUUGCAACUGUCGACACUACACCGACUACCUCCUGUACGGCGAGACGUUUGGCACAUGGUGGGAUGUCACCUACAUGACCAUCAGCGACGACUGCCCUUUGCACGAACCCCUCAACUCUGCCACAAACGUCACCUCCUCUUUCACACUGCGGGACGGUUUCGGCAAUACUACUCCACUGGGCCCCGUGGACCCGGACCUCUGAAGGUCCGUCUUCUACCUCUUUCUCUGCUUAAAAUGUUAGAUUCCACACUACAGUUUUGCUUACACGAUCCUCAUCAUAUAUGGAAUGUUUCGUUUAGAUUUGAGCUUGAAACUAAUCGAGAGAUAGUGGUGUGGCACUUUGCAUAAAAACACCAAUCAAACAUUACCUACGCCUAAACGAGAUGCGCAUCUCCAACCGCCCAACGUAUUUUCUCUUCAUAAAAUGUAUAAAAUCUGUGAAAAUAUAAGGAAUAUUACCAUAUA